ACACCUUGAUCGAAACAACCAUGUUGACAAAAUCAAUGAGAAGAGAAGCCAUGGCCGAGUUCCUGGGAACGUUCGUUUUUAUGACUUUCAGUGACGGUGCAGUAGCCCAGUGGCUCUUAAGUGCUGGGUCUCGGGGGUCUGCUCUGUCUAUUCAUAUCUCACAGGGAAUCGGUGUGAUGAUGGGCGUAUACAUAUCUGGAGGGGUAUCAGGAGGCCACAUUAACCCAGCAGUGACUGUAGCACAGGCUUUCCGAGGACGUCUACCCUGGAAAAAAGUACCGUUCUACUUGGCAGGGCAAUACGGAGGAAGCUUCCUCGCCUCUCUAUUACUAUAUCUGGUCUACAAUGAUGCUCUAUAUCACUAUGAUGGCGGCGUUCGUUCCACCAUUGGACCAACAAGUACCGCUGGAAUAUGGGCCACAUAUCCUCAAACUUUUCUCUCCGUCACCAACAGUAUAGUGGACCAGAUAUUUGGGGCUGCAGUCUUGCUAAUAUGUGUGUCGGCGCUGUCAGACAAGAGGAACAUGAAUCCGUCUUCUGGACUCAUACCUGUGUGUACUGGACUUCUCGUCUUUGUUAUAAACACUACAUUCUGUUUCAAUUGCGGCUGCGCAAACAACCCAGCACGUGAUUUAUCACCAAGAUUAUUUACUGCAAUGGCUGGAUGGGGAAGCCAACCUUUCAGUUACAACAGAUACUCGUAUUUUUGGGUACCAGUGCUCGGGCCACACAUAGGAGCAGUCCUUGGCACCCUUGUGUACGAUCUCUGUAUUGGUUUUCAUUGGCCAGAUGACAAUGAAAAGGUCAAUGUCGACCAGCCUGUUUGGAUUCCACGGACAUUUCACAAGUUCAAACAAAAACAAUACUGCAAAAACAAAAGUGAGGAAUUUGACCAUCUUUUGGAAACCUCCGUUUGAAAAACAAAAAUAUCUUAUAGGUUUAAAUACUUUACCGAAGUAUACAUAUAAAUGCAUAAAUAAAUAAAGAAUACAACAGAUACAUAAAGACUACAGCACCUAUAUAAAGUGUACAGCAGUUAGAAAAGAAGUAUACAUAAGAUACAUAAAGUAUAGGCCUACAACAGAGAUAAAGUAUACAGCAGAUACAUAAAAUGUAGGCCUACAACAG